AUUAUGAAAAGUAUACCAAAUGUGGCGAUAAAGUCAAAAAUACUGUUAAAACCGGUUACUUGUAAAAAUAUCGGUAUAAGUGCUAAAUUAUUUUCAACUACCAAGGUGGUUAAUAAUAUUGUAUUGGUGGAGAAUAAGCAAGGUGUUCGCAUAAUAACACUGAAUAGACCGGAAAGGUUUAACUCAUUUAAUAGUGAAAUGUUUGAUACGUUGCGUAAUGUAUUAAACGACACCUCCCGGGACGGGUCGGUAAAAUUGGCGGUCAUUACGGGAACGGGAGACUACUUUACAUCCGGAAAUGACCUUGCCAACUUUGAACGACUGGAACGGGAGCUGAAAGGGGACAUGAAUGCCAUCGCCGACCGCAGUGUGGAUACCAUUCAGCCGUUUAUCGGAUCACUCAUUGACUUUCAGAAACCACUGAUCGCUGCCGUCAACGGCCCGGCCAUUGGUAUCGGCGCUACACUACUGGCCCACACGGACGCCGUAUGGGCCUCGGACUCGGCCUACUUUUACACACCGUUCACAGGGCUGGGCAUAAUAGCCGAGGCCUGCAGCUCCCAUACCUUCCCGGCCAUUAUGGGCACCAUUAGAGCCAAUGAGAUGCUUAUGUUUAACUAUAAGAUGGGGGCACAGGAGGCCCGGGAGUGUGGACUCGUGUCACGUGUUGUCCCGAAACAGGAGUUUAGGGAACGGGUGGAGGAGUGGGUGUUCGGAGCGAAGGGUUUACUCAACACUUCGUACCCAAAGUCCAUGCAAUCGACGAAACAAUUGCUGAGAAACGCGACGAAGAGACAGACAUUGCAUGCGAUUAACGCCGAGGAAUGCCUACAAUUAAGGGAGCGUAUGGCUAGCGAUGAGGCCAGGGAUGCCAUCAAUAAGUUUAUGAAUCGCAAAAAGUCUGCGAAAUAA